GCCUGUGGUUGGACUACAUUACCCACAAUGCCAUUUCAAGAAUGCAGCGAGCUUCCGGUGAAAAUAAGACAGUCCAAAGAUGGCGGACCUCCUGGGCUCGAUCUUGAGCUCGAUGGAAAAGCCUCCAACCGUUCACGACCAAGAAAGCCGACGGAAAGCUAGAGAACAAGCUGCCAGACUGAAGAAGAUUGAGGAGGAUGAGAAGAGAAAGAAAGCAGAGUUUAGAAAAAAGAUGGAGAAGGAAAUGUCAGAGUUCAUUCAGGACAGCACACUACAGAAGAAGAAAUAUGACCCAAUGGGCAAGAUCGAGAGAAGCAUAUUGCAUGAUGUGGCUGAGGUGGCUGGACUGACAUCGUUUUCUUUUGGUGAGGAUGAAGAGAGCAGAUAUGUCAUGCUGUUUAAAAAGGAGUUUGCACCAUCAGAUGAAGAACUGGAGGCUUAUCGCAAGGGUGAGAAGUGGGACCCGCAGAAAGCCGAGGAGAGACGUCGGCUAAAGGAACAGGCUGCACAGGAGAUGGAAGAGGCCAGUCACACUCAGAAGAGGCCCGUGUCACCCAAUUCAAACUACAGAGACAAAUACAGCCAUCUGAUUGGAACAUCUGCUGCUAAAGAUGCCGCCCACACGCUUCAAGCCAACCGGGCAUAUGGCUGUGUCCCUGUGGCCAAUAAGAGAGACACUCGCUCCAUUGAAGAAGCCAUGAAUGAGAUCAGAGCCAAAAAAAGACUGAAGAAAGGCGAGGUGGAGGCCACUGGCAGCGGCAGCAGUGUGUGAAAGUGGUGUGUGUAUUUGUGUAUAUAAUCCGUUAUUAUGCAGAACAGAAGAGCGAUUGAACAGUGUUUCACAUGAAGAGCAGGGUUUGAUAAAGAUGAAUUGUCAUGCACAUAAAGGCAGUUUAAAACUGCCGCAGGAUAACCGUACUGUUCAAAAAUGCUUUCACCUCUAUAUUACUGUCUCAAAUAAUGUGUUUUUAGAAAUCAUUAUUAGAAUAAACAGAAAUGUGUUAUUUAAUAUUGAAAAUUCCUUUUGUAUCUUGGCAUGGUGAUAUAAUGGCUCCUUUUAA